ACAAAAUACUGAAAGACCAACGCUUUAAAGGAUUUACAUCUUCAUAAAUUGUGAAAUCCUAAAAAAAAACAUAUUUGAAAAUUGAUAUAUUCAGCGGAUUACGUUAAAAUAUAUAAGCAACUGUAACAAUGCCACGUGUUCAUCCGAACGAAAAGAAAGAGGAGAAAAGUAAACGAUUCAGGCUUAAAUCUAAAUCUUCUGAGUCAAAAGAAGAGAGUUCCGAAUCGGAAGAAAGUUUAUACAACUCUUGGAAAAAUAAACUGAAGAGACUAAAACGAAACAGAAGGAUAAACAAAACUGAACAAGAUAAACAGCAUCAAGCAGAGGAUAUAUCAAAAACCAAUGGAUGUAAUCCUAUAAAAUCUAAUGUAAAGACUAAAUCGAGAAAGAAAAAGAAAGAAAAUGGAGAAGUGGACUGGGAAAGCAAAACACCGUUUGUUUUUACUUUUUCCCCAAACAGUUUCCCGCCAAUUGCAGAAGCAGAAGAAACAUUCUUCAUUGAAGACACCAUUCCAGAGAAAGACAAACACAAACAGUCAGACGUUUCAAAUCCUGCAUAUGAGGAGGAAACAGUUGAAACGGAUAGGCCACCACCUUUGCCUCCACGAAAAAGAGUUUCAGAUGUGGAUCCAAAGUUGAAACGUCAUUCCGCACCACCUUCUCCUUCGUGGAAUGCACAACAGGUAUAUCCUGUAAAUGGUAGUUCCUCGCGAGCACCUUCUAAACGUAAACGGGACAGUUUUCAAAAGAAAAAAUACGAAUAUAAACAGAGAACAAGAGCGCACAGUUCUUCUUCGUCGUGUUGCUCAAUUGAGGAUUACAAUGACAAUAAACACAAUUUUGAUGAAGAAACGAGUAGCAGAUCAGGUUCCCGGACACCAGAUCCGGAUCAUUAUAAUAGGGAUAUAUUACUAAAAUCUGCUGAGUUGUUUGCGCAACCAAUGCAGAAAAUGACACAGUCAAAACCAUCACUUAAAUAUUCACCUAGUUCAUUAUCAUGGCCGGAAAUGGAAAGUGCAAAUCAUAUAGAUUCAAUUGACAAACUAAGGAGUCUAGAAAGGAUAUUCAAAAACAGACGGUCACCAACUUCACCGUUGGACAACCGAAAAAUGGAAUUUACAAUAGGACAUAAACCAAUACAAUCAAAUUCAGUGGAUUCAAGUCCUGCUCAAAUUCACCGGGACAAGACAAAAAUACUGAGACAGCGGCCACAUUCAUUUGGUCUUUACGGACAGCAAAGUCAUGAUGGAAAUAUGUUGCUAGAUUUACGAAAUGCGUUAAAACAGCAAAAGAAAACGGACUAUUAUAAAACCAAACGAAAACCUCUAAUGGUGCAUGAAGAUCCUGGUUCUGUGUCUGAUCUUGAAUGUAUUAUGGAAAAUAUCAAAGAUCGCAAUUCGUUUGACGUUUCCCGAGAGAAUAGUUUGGUAUCUGAAGAGGAGGUAUCUAGUAUAUGUAAAGACUUGUGUAGAUUAACUGUUCAUAACCAAACAGAAAACGGAUAUGUGAAAGUAUUACCAUCUCCACGUGUUUCCCCAGAUAUAUUUAGUGCUGUCCCAGGUGUCAUAGUAACAUCCGAUUCCGAGGAUACUUCCGAUUCUCAAAAAGGAAAAUCAAAUAGUCCACAUCGAACACAUCAAUUCCUGUCGGUACCGAGAAAGAUCAAAAGAAGUCGAAGCUCUGGUAGCGUGACCAGUGGGUCGGACGAAAGCGACAGUGAAGUAUCACCACCAUUAUCCAGACGAGGUCGAAGAGCUGCAAUCGUGGAUACUAAGAAUUUCGGAGAUGUUUCUCCGUCGAAUUUGUCACCUGAAUUAUCACCUAGUAAUUCGUGUGAUGAAGGAGAAACCGCCAGUAACCUGACAUCACGCCUGCGGCGAAGGCGAAGUUCGGUCGAGUUGGCAAUGAACAUUUACCCCGGUGAUCUUUUAGUUCAGGAACACCAUAAACGAUUACUUAAGCGCAAUACAGUAGCUGAUUUCAACACCUUACGGAACGGUUCUAGUCAAAGUAUCAGCGAUGAUGGAAAGAAAGGGAGACAGUCGUUUUCCUUACUGAAACUUAUGAGAUCAAGAAGUAAAGAAGCCAUAGCAAAACUAGAAGAUCUCUUGAGCGUAUUAAAGCCUUCAGAAUUUAAAGAUAAUCACCUCUUGGCAUAUAAGAAUCUUCAUUGGUCAGAUCUGAUAGCCUGCUCAGAUAAACAACCGGACCACAACGAACAAGUUAUAGGUAUAGAAAGGAAAAGAAGGGAAGCUGUUUGGGAGUUGUUUAAAAGUGAAUGUGUAUUCCUAAUAGACCAUCUCAUGGUGAUUAAACAUUGCUUUAUGGAACCACUGAAGAAGGUACAAGUUGAAGGACAUCUAAUGUAUGCUGAGCCACAAGACAUUUUUGGAAAUCUUGAUGAAAUAUGUUAUGUGAGUUAUACGUUCUGUAAAGACUUCAUUGCAGUUUUAUUAAAAGAUAUGAGUUCGUCAGGAUUUGGAAGUACCCGAGCAUUGCUGAAAGCUUUUGACAGGUUCAUAACACAUUCAAAGGACGGUGGCGUGUACCAUACUUACUGCCUUAAUUAUACAAAUGCCCUCACAUAUAUAGAUAAACUCAGGUGUCGUGAUGAUUUUGCAGAAUUUGAGAAGUGGUGCGAGCAAGACCCGCGCUGUAAACGUUUACAACUUGCUGAUCUUUUAGUGGCACCAAUGCAACAUGUAACCAAGUUCCCCUUGUUAUUGGCAAACAUUCGGAAGUAUACAGAGAAUGAAGAAGAAAUCGCAAUGUUAGCAGAUACGAUAGAUAAAAUGGGUUACUCAUUACAACAAAUGGAAGACAAAAUGCGUUUGGCAAAGAACUAUGAACGGUUGCAAGAUAUUCAAAGACAGUUAGUAUGGCCACCUGUUACCGAUUUUGACCACAGAAUAUUUAUUCCAGAGUAUUUGAAAACAACACUCUUACGACAACCCUGUGAAAAGUUAUUAUGUUGUCCGACCAGACAAUUGAUUCAUGAAGGGCCAUUAACUCUUGUUGAGACAACUAAAUCCACAGAUGUGUACUUGUUUUUAUUUGAUGAUAUUUUGUUAAUUACCAGAAGUAAAAAAGGAACCAGAAAAAAACAAUCAAUUAAUGAACCAAACCUGAUAAAGCUACAAUCCUCUAGUCAGUCGGAUAAAACCCAAUACACUGUACAUCGACAACCCAUUGCUCUGGACAGAUUGAGUGUCCAUGAUGUCUCCCAAUCGGAGGCUGCAGCGAACGGAAUAAAGUGUGCCUUUGUGAUAGUACAGAUUAGCAGAUUUCAACAGAUAAUUGGUGUUUAUACAAUGAGCUGUCCAAGUGAUGCCUCAAAGAAUGCAUGGUUAGAAAAACUAGCGCAGGCGAGGGGACAGUUUUCAACUGAGGAUUUUAGUAGCAGCAGUGGCAGCACGUUUAAAGACAAUGACAUGUCAUCAGUGAACUCAAUAGAACGAUCUAUAUCUCAUCCAUCUACUUCUCCCGGCAGACAUCAAAGACAUAUUGUAUUACAUAAUCAUCAUACUAAAUCAAACUCCGUAGAUUCUGUAUAUAUCUAAAACUUCCUAUGGAAGACAUUUUCAUUCCUUAUAUUUUUGUACCUAUAAGUGCUCCAAUAUUCAUUGUAAAGUCUUGAGAAUUGUAUAUACUAUUACACUACGGAAUAUAUCAUAUUUUAAAUAUAAUUCGAUGUAAAUCAAUUUAAACUGCUAAUAUAUCAAUAUUAUAUAUUCUAAAAGUAACCAAUUCUGAAUCACAAGCUCAAAUUGUAAAACUUGUUUGUAAGAUAUAUUUCUGCAUUCUCAAUUCAAAUAUAUGUUAUCUAUGUACUAAGGAUAUAUAUAGGAUGAGAAUUAAAAGUUAAUCCAGAACACACCAAAAAAUAUUUAAAAAAAGACAUCACAAAGUUAUUACACAUUAAAAUGGUUUCGGUGAAAUAAAAUAAGAUUAGAAACAAACAAGAGGCAACAAACAGUAAUGCCCCACGUACCAAUUACUAUAAAAACUAUUCAUAGUAUAUUAUAAAUCUUAAACUAUGUAAACAGAACUAAUUGGCGUAUUGUCUUUGUCAUCAAUAAUAUAUUUUUAAACUAGAGGACAGUAUAUAUAAACUUAUUUUAUAUAGAUUAUAAAAAUAAAGAUGUGUAGUAUUUUUGCCAAUGACACAACUAUUAACUUAAUUUCAAAUAAAGUUGUUUUUAGGUUUUGAUCAAUAAUGAUCAUUCAAAUCGUUAAGGGCAAUGUUUUAUCGAUUUAUGAGUUUUGAACAUCGGUAUACUACUGUUGCCUUUUUUAUUUAUUGUAGUUGAUCAAUGACAUUUAUAUUUACUUCCUUUGUUUUUGUAAUUAUUAUCUUUUUGUUCUUUUCAUACACUAUAAAUUGAAGAAAUAAGACAUUUUUUCAUAUCUUCUUACAGUUUGGUUUCCUUCGUAUUCUACUUGUAACCCAGAUAGACUCAUAAUCAAUUAAUAUCUUUUUUACAGCAGUAUACUACUGUUUCCCUUGUUUUAAAGACAUUGGUUCUUUGAGUUAUGAUGUUUGUAACAAGGAAACAGAAUAGAGAACUAAUUUGUAUAUGAAUUGUUAUAUUUUUUGUUUUAGUCCUUUGUACACUUUAUCUUAGAUUAAAUAGUAUUAAUAACUUUACCUCAACAAAAUGCUUAUGUAAAUGUGUUAUUGCUUUCAAGAGACAAAAUACCGCUCACUCAUAUUAAAGCGUUACCAAACUGUGAUCUUAGCUUUCAAAUGUCGUAAUAAAUGUUAGUUUAGAUAUAGGGACAAAGUCCCGGGUCCCUCAGUUCCGAAUCAGGGAUAACCCAUUUGUACCUUUGUAGUUUGAAAUACAUGUAAAUGUUAUCCUUGUUGAUAUUUUUCAUCCUUUUU